CCCUUUGGUUUGUCGACCCAAUACAUAUCCUAAGAUCUGACUAAAUAAAAUUAAAAAAAAAACCCCAUAAGCCCUGGAGGGUUGUGCCGGAGCGCAAGCUAAGGAUCACGGUUGCUCCACAACUGCGACAGCCCCCCCCCCUCUACACACUAGCUGACUAUCGUACCCCAGCUACUUUGUCCUCAACCUCCCCCCUUCUUAACCUCUUCUUGUUUAUCGACGACCGGUUCGGGGUCCCAGUUGAUUUUUGUACAGCUACUAGUACAGCGCUCGCGAAAAAGUAACUCUGCCUGAGGCUGCACGCCGUAACGGCCUCUUACCCUGGCCAUCUGCAAUCCGCCCCGCCGGUGGGUAAUAAGUGUUUAAUAUUCCUAUAACACCGAACCUGAAGAACCCUUCAAAUGAGGAAUCGUCCACCACCCCUACUACGUCUGAGCGCCGAGAAAGGCCAUAGCGCCGCUUCUCCAAUCGACGACUUCGGGAAUUCUUCGACGAGCCAUCACUCGCUCACUCCCACACGGUUCCCGUCCCCAGAAACUAGCAAUACUACUACUAGCAACCAUUCCCCCCCCCGUCCAAGUAAUAUAGCCUGGUCUCCUUCCCUUCUGGUUCCCUCACUAUCGGACCCACCAUCUGCUGCUAGGACCUCUACCGGUACUCGUUCCAGAUCCCUCUCGUCGGGUGUCCCUUCUCCUUCACUGUUCCCUCCCCUCAAUAUGUUCAAAAUCAAUACCAGGGCAAGGUCCCCCAGGCGGGCUACGUCUGCUAUGUAUCCCUCAAUGUCAGAUCCUGCAAAUAAUCCCACAUCGCCUGCUACUUCAAUGGCAGUCACAGAACCACUCCCGCGACCAUUCUCUCCUUGGGGCUCGACUGACUCUUCGACCUCGACAUCUCCACGGGCUUCAAGAAUGCACAAGGGAUUUUUCGGUAAGAGGUCCGGCUCGCCAACUGCUUCCUUGACUGCAACAAGUGCGCCGGCUAGUUCAGUCAUGGCAAAGGGCUCGAAAGGUUUCCUUGGGCGAAGGCCACGGAAGAAUUCCCCUUCUUACCUCGACCCAGACUUUGACCCGACCACCUUUCGGAAAAACCGAACGAGACCGGCGUUUGGCGCUCAUGGUCAGGAUGCGUUAUACCAGGAAUACGAGUAUCUUUUCGAUGAUUCCCUAGAGGAUUCCGUCAACUCUGAGGAGGAUCUAUCGUCGCAUCCUUCGGAUGCGGACGGGAAUGACGACGAGGAUGGGUACUACUUACUGAGGAUCAAGGAGAGUGUGGAUAGUUUUAGCCCACGAAUUAGUCCCAGAACAAGAAGUCCACCCCGAAGCGUCCCAAUGAGCCACCGGAGAAACACAUCCAGCGGUUCGCUGUCUGAUACACCUCCAACACCUCCCCCAAAGUUUAGAAGGUCACUCGUUGUUACCACUACCACCCCUCCUCGCAGUUCAACAACAUCGCUAGAGGAACAGGGUAGUCUCACGGCUACCACCGUUGUCUCGACGCCUCCAACACCUCCUCCAAAGCCAACCUUGUUCCUCGACACGGAAUGCGUGGAUCCCGAAUACGUGCCGCAGGUGAAAUCGACCACUUCCGAAGCAUCUCCGCCUCGCCGACCCCCACCACCAACGCCAGACGUUCAAGACAAGCGCUUCACAAAAAGAUUGAGCAAGAUCCCUAACCGGCCGACUUCGAUACCUGAAGGCUUGGGCAUCAUCAACAUUCCGUCCCCAACAUUAUUCUACUCGUCAUUUAUCCCCGGCGCUUCGGAUACAUGGUGUGGAAUCGCCGAUCACGCGACCGGCAGCCCAGCGCUUACGAACAGGUCUUAUACACCACGUCAACCAGCGGCGAAGACGGACUCCUAUGAUGAAACCAUCGCUAAGAGCAUGUCAGUGUUGUUCGACGAAGAACCAGGAGUCGGAGUAGUUCCACUGUUUUCCGCAAAAGACAGCAGCAGCUCGGAUCUGGAGAAUACGAUAGUAAAGGAGACGGAAAUGACAGAGGUUACAGUGGAAGAGGUCAUAGCCGAGAAUCCAGGGGAUUUAUCAGCCGCAACCGAGAACCCUAUCGAGUGUCCACUCAACCAACUCGAGACAACGGAUUCUGCGAAGAAGACCGAAGAGGAGAGGAAGAUUGUUGAUAAAACUCGAGAUUCUAAGGAUACCCUACCGGAGUAUUCGGCGACCGCGGAAAAGGACACGGAAGCGGAUACUGCGGGUGAGACAAACAACCGAGCUACCGUUAUUCUUUCACCUAUUACCAGCACUACUAAUCAGGGAUCGUCAUCCCCAAAGACGAUUAAAAACGAGGGGGAUGAGAAGCCAGCUACUAGCGCAAUCGAGAAAGAGGAGACUCCAAAGACCGACUCCUCAUAUCUCAAGGCGUUUAGGGGCUUUGUCAAAAGGUCCGGCGAUAGCGACCCUUUCAUUCACCGUAUGCCUCGCUUCGAUGCUCUACAAGCACAGAGAAUAUGUAAUCAUCUAAGAAGCGAUUACCCUCUCCUUGCAUCGGGCAAGAAGGCGAGAUCAGGAUCGCCGGAUGAGGUCGUUACUGCUACCGUCCGACAACGAGAGGCUGAAGAAGGGAUCUUGACUAGUUUAUGGGCCUUGAUGGCACUGAGGUGGAUGAACUUUGGCAGAGUUGUUAUCAGCCCCGGACACGAGACUUUGUUGGCCGCUUCCGCAAAGCGUCUGACCAGACGUGCGACUACAAAAAUGGAUCAGCGUGCUACGCAGAUGCUCGAGAACGUAUCAAGCGGAAUCUAUACAGGAAGCCAUGAGCGCAGGCGUGUCCUAGAUCUCGGUGGAGCACCUAUUGGUAUGAAUUCCACAAUUUGGUGCAUAUCGGAAAAUGCCCACUAAUAAUUUAUGUAGCCGACUGGGGAUGGCAUUGUGCCUAUGACUACCCAAAAGCAAAGGUUUACACCGUAACAACCGCGUCUCGACCAAGGCAACAGCCCGAAGGUGAAGAGAAGGCCUCUAGGACCCCGGAUAAGUGCCGGGGGCCGCAGAACCACCGCCCGCUCGUGGUGUCCAAGCUGUGGAAACUCCCAUUCCCUCAGAACCACUUUGACGUGGUCUCGGCGCGCACUCUGUACCUAGCGCUAAAGGCAACCGUCCCAGCGAACUCACCAGACAACGAUAUGGACGAAUAUGACCUCUGCCUUGAGGAGUGCCUCCGCGUACUGAAGCCGGGUGGACAUCUCGAGUUCUCCCUCUUCGACAAUGACAUUGUAAACGCAGGACCACUCGGAGCUAAGCUCGCAGCCAAGUUCUCCAAAGUUCUCGAGUCAAAAGGCUACGAUGCGGCUCCUACAAAACGCUGGGUUUCCCGCCUGAAUAGGGCCGGUUUUGGCGAAAUUAAGCGCAGCUGGAUAUUCCUCCCUAUGUCCCCACCCUGUGCCAAACCGAAAGUACCCUCUAAGGGCGAGAUGCAGUUACCACCACACGAGUCACAGGAUCUGGAAAUGGUCAAAGAGGAGGUCCGUAGGAAGCUCAAGGCAUGGGAAGAUCCCAAUGCCGGGGGCGGCAGCGUGGAAAACGUUUCUCCUAUCACUGGGUUGGUAGGCAGUUGGAUUUGGGAGAAGUGGAUGAUGAAAACCGAGGGAGAGAGUGAUGGCGAGUGCGAUCUCACUACCGACACAAUCGGAGACGUGCUCGAGGAGGGGAGAGAGAAGGGUUCUGGGUGGAGGUGUUUGGUCGGAUGGGCUAGAAAACCAAUGUUUGCUGGGGAGCAUUAGGGUUGGCGUACUUUGGAUUUAUAUUUAUAUAUAUAUUUUUCUUUCAUUUCUGUUUUAUAUCAUUGGUACGGUGGGGUUUAUUAUGGUACACUUUUCUUCUUUCUCACGAGCGGUUCUCGUAUGAUAUCUCUGAUUGGCUCUUUGGAAC